AUGAUAAUAUUGCACAGCUUAUUAAUGAUGUCUCUUUAUACCAAGUACCUUGCCAUCGCUUCAGAUGCGGCUUCAUCUGAGGAUUUGGAUGUGAGGGCAAUUGGAAAGCAGAUGCAGGAACUAUGGGAGAGGGAACAAGUUGCGUUGAAGAAAUACUGGAAGGACCAGGAGCCUCUAAGAAAGCUGAGGACCAGAAACAUCAUAGUAGCCGCAAAAGACUCGUCCAAGCUGCAAAAGGCAGUCAGUCGCCAUCAACUUCACGGGAAUGUACAGGAUGCAACUGUGGUCGGGUUUCUUGUGAACGAGAGCAUUUGUGAGGUUCUCACCAUGAAUUUGGAACAUGAAGCCAUUUACAUUCCAAAGAGCGUUGGAAGAUUCAAGCUACCACAAGACCGACUCGAUAUCAGCGCACUACUUUUAGCCCUGGGCCCUUUGACUGCAGCCAAGAACAUCGCAUCAAGUAUGGUCACAUCGAUCAAGGCACGUUCGCAUCUCAGAGCAGGGAAAUAUAGCUCACUAACCCGACCCUCGUACUACGUCUUUGGCAGCAAUGUCCCUUCAAGCGGUGGAUUAGUCAAAACAUGA